AUUUUUUUCCAACGUCAAAAGCUGUCUGGAAAAAACAACACAGACCAACUUUGGACCAGCAAGCACCCGACAAACCUGCCUUCACCAAUAUCCGCAAGACGUCCUACUGGAGUGCCGAAUAGCGGAGCCCCGCCAGAAUGGUCAAGCUAUGCGUGCUAUGCGGGAAGGAACGGGCGGUCCUCAAACGACCUAAGACGGCCCAGCAAAUUUGCCGAGGCUGCUUCUACCUCGUCUUUGAGACUGAGGUGCACAACACUAUCAUGGAGAACAAGCUGUUCAAGAAGGGUGAUAAGGUCGCUGUCGCUGCGUCUGGCGGGAAAGACUCAACGGUGCUCGCCCACGUAAUGACAACCCUGAACGACCGCUACUCCUACGGCCUGGAUCUCUGCCUCCUCUCCGUCGACGAAGGCAUUACCGGCUACCGCGACGACUCGCUCGAAACCGUCAAACGCAACGAACAGCAGUACAAAAUCCCCCUCAAAAUCGUCUCCUACGAAGAACUCUAUGGGUGGAGCAUGGACGCCAUCGUCAAAGAGAUCGGGAUGAAAAACAACUGCACAUUCUGCGGCGUGUUCCGUCGCCAGGCGCUCGAUCGCGGCGCGGCGAUGCUGGAGGUGGACCAUAUCGUUACGGGACAUAAUGCGGACGAUAUCGCCGAAACGGUGCUGAUGAACAUCUUCCGCGGCGAUUUCUCGCGGUUGCAGCGCUGCACGGCUAUCAAAACGGCGACGGACGCGAGCAUCCCCCGGUCAAAGCCUUUCAAAUACACGUACGAGAAGGAGAUUGUCAUGUACGCCUAUUUCAAGAAGCUCGACUACUUCUCCACCGAAUGUAUCUACUCCCCCAACGCUUACCGUGGGUACGCGCGGGCCUUCCUUAAAGAUCUCGAAGCGAUCCGGCCCAGUGCGAUUAUGGAUAUCAUUCAUUCGGGCGAGGCUUGGGAGUCGAAGGUCGAGGUGAAGGUGAAUGUGGCGGUGAACGGGAAGGUGGUGGUAGGCACGUGUGAGCGGUGUGGGUAUAUGAGUAGUCAGAAGCUGUGUAAGGCGUGUGUGUUGCUGGAGGGGCUGAAUAAGGGGUUGCCGAAGGUUGCUAUUGGGAAUUCGGCUAAAUACCGAGCAGGCAACAUCCAAGACGAAAAGAAACGAGAGCUCCCAACCGGCCUCAAAGCCAACACCCCGCCACCAUCGGAGCCUACCCCACCACCAGCCGCAGAUCCUCCACCAACCGCAGCCCCAUCCCCAUCAUCAGCACCCACCCCAACCCCCUCCGCACCCGCAACCCACCUCCGCUGCAAAAAAUGCCGCACCGCCCUCCUGCCCACCCCCCAAAUCCUCACCCACACCGCAGGAACCGGCCAACAAUCCUUCGCCUACCGCAAACGCUCCCCCAACUCCAACCUCGACCCCACCUCCGCCUCCACCCCACCCCCAUGCAACUCCCACCAUGUCGAAACCCUCGCCUGGGCGGACGGGGUGAGCCAGGGCGCAACAGAGGGCCGGAUAGGUUGUCCCGGGUGUGGCGUGAAGUUGGGCAGUUGGAGCUGGGCAGGUGCGCCGUGCAGUUGUGGGAGUUGGAUUGCGCCGAGUUUUGCGAUCGCGGGCGGGAAGGUGGAUAUCGUGGGGACCACGCCUGCUACUGUUUUCCCGUGAGGACCCCCGCCACCAUACAUACAUACAAGGCGUUGACGAAUACUCCCUAGCGACCCGAUUUUUGACUUGGGCUGUUGUGCAUAGGGUUAGGAAUGUAGAGUAGAGAGAUGUUAUGUCGUUCAUUUCUUCUUCUGACUGUAUGUAUAGGCCAUCAACAUGUACGUUAGUCGGAAAACAACUAAUCAUCACGAAAAUACGUCGUAGAUAGCAUCAAAUGACACCCAGCAAAGUAAC